AUGGAGUCAAAAUCAUCAGAAGAAGGUGUUUAUGUUAGCCAUGUCCGACCAUUUCAAACUCUUAUAAACAGAGCUCAAAUUCUGCUUCACUCCAUUGCUUUGUUGCUCUUAAUUUUCUACAGACUUUCCUUUUUCUUCCUAAACCCACAAUCCAAAUCCUUCUUCCCAUGGCUUUCAGUUUUUGCUUCUGAACUUCUUCUUGCUUUCAUUUGGCUACUUGGCCGAGCCUUUCGAUGGCGCCCCCAAAUUUCAAAAGACAUCAUACUUCCGCCAGAGAAACAGAAGCCGCCGCAGCUUCUGCUUCCGCCUUUAGACGUCUUUAUUUUCACUGCUGAUCCGGAAAAGGAGCCCACCCUCGAUGUUAUGAACAUUCUGAUUUCGGCCGUGGCUUUGGACUACCCACCCAAUAACCUCCACCUUUACCUUUCCGACGACAGUGGGUCUCCGGUCACUUUACAUGGGAUCAGAGAAGCGCGGCGGUUUGCACGCUGGUGGGUCCCCUUCUGCAGAAAGUAUGGAAUCAAGCAGCCGUGUCCCGAGGCUUAUUUCUCACCUGCUGGAGAAUAUCAUCGCCGGUGUGAUAUUUCGACGGAUGAAUUUCUGGAGCAGAAGUUAAUUGUGAAAGAAAAAUAUGAGGAGUUUAAGGAUCAGACUAGGGACGGAACAAAACGGUGGGUGGGAGAAACCACCGUAAGCUCUCGAGUUGAUCACCCGGCAUUAGUCCAGAUAAUAAAGUGUAAUGAUAGAGAUGGUGAAGAGGAGUCAAGAAAUCAAAUUGAACUUCCUGUACUUGUCUAUGUAUCUCGUGAGAAAAAACCUUCACAUCCCCACCAUUUCAGGGCUGGGGCUCUUAAUGUCCUUGUGGAAUGGCCAGGCAUGAACGGCCUUCAGGGUCCUAUUCUGUUGGGCACAUGCUUUUACAUCAACAGGCUUUCCUUGUAUGGAAUUUCCCCACAAGGAGAUAAGAAUCCCUCGAAGUAUAGAGAAAAUUUUGGAGAUUCAGACGAGUUCAUGAGACCUAUAAACGGGAAUAAUAGAUCAAAGAAUUUUGCGGUGGAAGAGGCUCAAAAUUUAGCUUCAUGCACUUACGAAAAUGGAAAUCAAUGGGGUCGAAAGGUUGGGUUUCUUUACGAUUCAGUGUUGGAGGAUUUCUUGACAAGUCUGAUUAUACAUAGCCAAGGUUGGAGAUCGGUGUUUAGCAAUCCAGAGAGGGCACAAUUCUUGGGAAAUGGCACUACAAGUCUAAACGAGCUGUUGGUUCAAGUAACAAGAUGGAAUUUAGGGUUGUUGGAAAUGGCCAUUUCGAGAUUUUGCCCUCUGUUUUACUGCUGCCAAAGAUCAAUGAUAAGUCUGCUUCAGACCAUGUGCUAUGCUCAAUUUGCCUUCUAUCCUCUUUGUUCUUUCUCGCUAUGGACCUUAGCUACCAUCCCUCAGCUCUGUUUGCUGCAUGGGAUUCCUGUUUUCCCUAAGGUUUCAAGUCCAUUCUUCCCCGUAUAUUGCUUCAUCUUUAUUUCAGCUUUAUCCUUUCACUUGCACGAGGUUCUAAUUUCAGGAGGUUCAGUUAAAAACUGGCUUAACGAACAGAGGAUGUGGAUGAUAAAGGGAAUCACGGCUUGUUUCUAUGGAAGUUUAGAUGCUUUGAUGGGGAAAAUUGGGGUGAGAAAUGCGAGCUUUGUGCCCACAAACAAAGUGAUAGAUGAUGACCAAAUCAAGAGGUACAAUAUGGACAUGUAUGAUUUUCAAGCUUCAAGUUUGUUUCUUUCUCCAAUGGCGGGCCUCGUCUUCUUGAAUCUCGUCGUCUUCUCAAUCGGAUUUGGGAGAAUUGUAGUGAGUCUUGAAGAUUGGGAGGAAACAUUUGGGCAGCUUUUUCUUUGCUUCUAUAUAUUGUUGAUGAGUUUCCCCAUCAUUGAGGCUAUGGUUAUGAGAAAUGAUAAAGCUUGUUUUCCAUUUAAACACACUUUAGGAUCAGCAUUGGUUGUGUUGCUACUUUUGUAUUUCCAGUCUAUUCUCUUUAUGUAAUAAUCAAUGGAGGAGGAUCUUGU